UAGCGUUGUGCGCAUGCGUGUGAAUGUUGUGCGCAUGCGCAUUACUGAUCAGGCAGUGACAGCCGUUACCACGGUUUCCAUUUUCUCUAAGAUGCUACCGGGUGUUAUUGACAGAGAGCUGAUUAGCUUAGCAAAACAAAUCAUGAGAUGAUGAGAGUUUUCACUUCAGCUGUUUUAUUUUAUUUUAUUUUAUUUGCACAUAAUGUUUAUGGAUAAUCUCUGACAGUCUACGUGAGACGAAAGGAAUCUCAUUUGUGGCCUUUUGACGGUUGGAAAAAAAAAAAGUCAGCAUGAGCGCGUCUGCGCUGCGAAUAGGAGACCAGCUGAUCCUGGAAGAGGAUUACGACGAGACCUACAUCCCGUCUGAACAAGAGAUCCACGAAUAUGCCAGAGAGAUCGGGAUCGACCCCGAGCGGGAGCCGGAGCUCCUGUGGCUGGCCCGAGAGGGCAUCGUCGCGCCGCUGCCUGCGGAAUGGAAGCCCUGUCAGGAUGUGACCGGAGAUGUUUACUACUUCAACUUCUCCACCGGUCAGUCCACGUGGGACCACCCGUGUGACGAAGAGUACCGCCACCUAGUGGCUCAGGAGAGGGAGCGCAGCUCAGGCUCCGCCCCUGUCAGGAGGGACAAGGAGAAGAAGAAGAAAAAAGAGAAAAAGGAGAAGAAAAAGGAGAAGAAGAAGAGCGAACCAGAGGGUCCGAAAGCACCAGGACCGCUGGGUCCUCUUGCUCCUCUCAGAAGUGUGUGUGACGCUCCUGUCCCAGCACUCCGUGGUUCCCUAGGCAGCUCCUCCGGCCUCCAACCUCUAAAGACUCCACUAGGGGGUUCACUCUCGGGGAUGAGCUCCGGUUUGCAGAGAGUUCGUCAAGAGGAGCGUCCAUCUCUGGCUCCGCCCACAUUUUAUUCCGAUGAAGAGGACGACGAAGAAGAAGAAGAGCGGGAAAAGAUUUCCAUGCCUCAGAGUCCGUGUGGUACAUCACGCCUGCUGCAGAAUCUGCACCUCGACUUGGACGCUCUGGGAGGAGGACUGCAGUACGAGGACAGCGAGGUGAGCGGCACAGCUCCAGCUGAGGAGAGAACCGAACCAGAGCUCCAAGAUCUCGCUCUCUCAGGAGAAAUCAGUGCCAAUCCUCCAUCUCCAUCUCAGGACUCACUGCGAGGGCGUCGUCUCUCCCCCAGGCAGCAAGGGGGCAGCGGAGACUGCAGCAGUGCCGACGUUUUCCCUCCGAGUCGGCAGGACGAGAGCAUCGCUGACGACGAAUUGAUCCCAGUAGAGGAGGAGGGUGAAGAACGAACAAGGGAUGAGAAAAGAAGUGAGGAGGAAGAACAAGUAGAGGCGGAAGGGCAGAGUGAGAGGGAUGAGGAAGAGGAAGAGGAGGGAAAGAGGCAGAGAGAGGAAUCAGGAAGCGAAGUGAUCGAACAGAUGGAAAGAGAGACAAACAGUGGGGUGGAGACACAGAAAGCGAGGGAUGAGAUGGAGGAGAGGAAAACACCUGACAGUGAUAAGAUAAUGGAGAGAUACAUAGACCAGGUGGAGUAUUCUGGAGAGGAAGAGGAGGAAAGUGGGAGGGAUGAAGAAGAAGAAGAGAGAGAGUGCAACUUACAGAACGAGGCUGUAGAAGAGACGGAGGAAAGGGAGGACAGUGAUGGAGUUGGAGAAGAGAAAGAGGAAGUGGAGAGAUGCAUUAGAAGUGCUGAAGAACAGAGAGAUGAAGCAGAUGAGUGUAGGAGCGAGGGAGAAGGGAAAGCGAGUUUGAAGCACCCUGAGGAAGAUGAGGAGAACGACAAAGAGUCGAAGGUCACAAAGAUGUCCGAGAGCGAGGAUGAAGUGAGCGAGCGAUUAGAGAGCUUAAAAGAAAACGCAGACACACCGCUCCGGCAGAAAGGCAUGCUGGGAAAAAAGCUGCUUACUCGCUGUGAUCGGCUUCCCAGUGAGGAAUCGGAGGUCAGCGAACACGUUGAAGUGGUGUCUAGCCAUUCUGAUGACAUGAAGGUGUUCCGUUCCAAGUUUUCAGAAAACAUUUUAGACGUGACUGAUCUCUGCCUGGCUGAACCCUCAGCAGCUCCAAAGGAAAAAGAAAUGUACGGAGGGAGAGAGGAAUAUGACGAUGACUAUGAGAAGGAGGAAGAGAUGAGAGGGGAAGCCGCAAAGAGCAGGCGCUUGAAGAACUUAGGUUUGGACGAGUGGCUCUCCGAACGCACACAGGAACCGCCGUCCUCUUCCUCUGUCUCUAAACGUGAGGACGUGGAAAGAGAAAGAAGAGCGAUGGAUGAGGAGGAGGAAAAGAAAUGGAAGGACGAGGCUGAAGACAGAACUAAAAGAGAGCAGAAAGAGAGAGAAGAGGAGGAGAGAAGGAGGCAUGAAGAUAAGCAGAGAAUGAUGAGGGAAGAGGAGGAGGAAACACGGAGACAGAUGGAGCAGGAGAGGUUAAGAGCGGUGGAGGAGCGUGACAGGAGACUGCGCCUCCUCCGAGAGGAGCUGAGAAGAGAAGAGGAAGAGGAGGAGCGAAGGAUCAAGGAGGAGAAUGAGGAAAGGAUCAGGGCCCUUAAAGAGCGCCUGCAAAGAGAAAGGCGAGAGGAGGAGGAGCGUAUGGACCAGGAAACACAGACCAAACUACAGCACCUCAGAGAGCAGGCGCUGAGGGACAAUGAAACACACCUACGCACACUCAGGGAGGAGAACGAGGUGAGGGUGAGAGAGCUGCGUGCUGAACUGGAGGUGGAGCGAGAGAGACUGGAGGAGCAGAGGAGGCGGGACUUGGACAAAAUGAGGGUGGAGUCAGAGGAGGAGCUGAAGGCUGAGAAAAAGCGGCUUCAGGAGAGGAGGGAGGAGCAGCUAGCUUCACUCAGACUGGAGGAGACGACCAGUGAAAGACAGCGAGACCUGAGAAGUCCUCGACCUCAUGAGCAGCUACUGGAGUAUAAAAGAGAGCUGUCUGAUGUGCUGCAGGAAGUGAGGGAGGAAGUGCAGAGGGAGCACAGCAGGAAGCUGGAGCAGCUUAAAGAGGAGCAUCGACACCAGCUGCAGGCCAUCAGAGAAACACACUUGGAGGAGGAGAGUAACCAGCGGGAGCGUAUGAUGAGUGCACUACAGGAGGAGAGAGAGCAACUUCUCACCUCACACACAUCUCAAUUAGAGCAGCUCAGAUUGCAGCUGGACACACAGCUCCACAACAUGCGCAAAACACACACACAGAAGGAAGCUGAAGUGCAGGGGUUGAUUGAGAAACUAGAGCUGAAGACCAAAGAGCUCAAAAUUCAAGAAUCAAGACUCCUAGCUCAGGUGGCAGAUUUAAAGAAGAGGAGAAAACAGCUGGAUGAAGAAGAAGAUGAAGUUGAGAGGGGCUUAGAGACUCUUCCGCGACUGCUGAAAGAGAGAGAUCGUCUUCGUGCCGAUCUGGAGAGAUCAAGAGAGGAGAGCGACAGAUUGAGGGAGGAGAUGGACAGAGAGAGGGAGGAGAGAAUGAGAGAGAGGGAGGAGAUGGAGAGAGAGAGGAAGGAGAGGAAGAGAGAGAGGGAGGAAUAUGGAAACAUGAAAGAAGAAAGAGAGAGACUGCAAAGCAAAGUGGAGCUGCUGCAGGACAAAUGUGAUCAGCUCAUCCGAAGAGUCCGAGAGUUGGAGCAGCGAGAGAGUGCAGACUGUGAGGAAGAGGAGAAGAAGGAGGGCGAGAGAGAGGAGGAGAGGAGGAACAGAGAGAGAGAGGAGACACUGCGAGUGGAGGAUCUGGAGCCUUCUCCAUCCCUCGACACUCACAGCAACAUGCAGGAGCUACGUGAGUUCAUCUCAAGCGAGAGUGUCUCUCUGCAGAGAGCACGACGGUUUUUAGACCGUCAGAACGGCAAUCUGAGAGAGAGACAGGCGAUGCUCAGGGCAGCCCGGACCACCCUUCAGGACCCCGCCCCAGCGGGCGUGGCCCACCUGCUCCCCCAAAACCUCCAGCAGGAGGCGAGUCAUUUGGAGGAGCUGAAGGAGACUGUGCAGAAGGGACACACGCUGCUGAGGAAGAAAGAAGAGAGGCUGAGCCAACUGGAGAACUCGCUGGUCGAAGAGCUGUCCUGUGAUGAUGAGGAGAGGAUGGAGGCAGAGCGCAGAGUCACGUUUGAUGUUACAGAUUCAGAGAUGAGCAGUGUGUACGGUCAAGAAGGAACAGUUCCUGUGAAGGUGCAGCAGUUAGCCGAAUCGCUGCAGCAGAUCUCCAGCCAGCUGAACACGGUGUUAGGAGCGCUGGGACCUCUGACCCAAAGAACAUCCCCAUCCUUCCCAAGAGCUUCUUCACUUCCUCCUGCUCCGUCCUGGGCGUGGUCUCCAAACACCGCCUCGUCCUCCACAGCCAAUCAGAACGGGUUCACACACGGCAGCGUUAACGGGGUCGCGACACUGCGUGGCUCUGAUCUGCUGCCCAACUCCAGCUGGAGAAAACUCCUCCCCGGGGUUUCCAUGGACACCAGCACCUCCUUUUCCACAAGGGCUCACACUGCGUAUUCUGGAUACAUGCCUACAAGUCUCUCCUCCAUGAUGCGGUCUAAAUCGUCAGAGUUGGACAGUAUGAGACUGCAAGGACUGAUCGAGGGCAACAAAAGAUGGCUGGAGACACGACGGAAAGACACUAAUGUACCUCUGUUCACACGCUACCAGGCUCCCCCAUCUACAAAUGGUUUGGUCCAACUCAGCCUGGAUGAAAAUAAUCAGAUCAGAGUGCACCAUUACUGAAAUAGGGGGGGAUUCAGUAGUAGUUUAUUUCACUUUUAAUUUGGCAAAAGCAGAAUUUUAAAAGCAACAAAUUAUGACACUAAUGAGAUACAUGAAGCAUAGAACUCUGUGUGUGUGUGUGUGUGUGUGUGUGUGUGUGUGAGAGAGAGAGAGAGUAAAUGUCUUCUUCAGGUAAGGGCCAUUUUAAUCUAUGAACUUGGCAUCAACCAGUUGGAUAAUUUCAUUCCCACAACAAGUGAAAGGUUAGAAGUGUGCUGUAAUUUUGGAACACACUCUCAGACCAACUGACGUUAUACUCAGCUGGCUAGCUCAGAAACAUCAACCCUCGACUGGGAAUUGAACCGAAGAUCAAUUUAAAAAGAAUUUCAAAUAACGUAAGCUUAUUUUUUAAAACACUAAAAGACUGUCAUGUCCUACAGCUGAGACGUAAUGAAAUAUUCAGGUACUGUAUUGUCCAUCAAAAAAAAAAUUCUUGGUUUUGAAGUGCACCGAAAAAAAGCACAAAAACAGAUGACAAUCUCAGGGACACUUUAAUGUCCUGGAUUUUAUACGCAGCAUCGCUAAGCAGUACGCUCCCUAAAGACAAGAUCACCAGCAGCAUUUUUUUAAACCGGAGUGCAUUUAUGAAUGUUUUUUAAAAAUGAGUUUACAAACAUAUCCAAAUAUUCCUGUCUUUGUGUAGUUGUGACAUUUAAAGUUAUUUUUGUACAAGCUGAAUAAAUCUGUCUUGCUUUGUGUAAAA